AUAGACUUUCUCAUCGUCGUGCCCCCCGCUCUACUUAUCAUCUCCAUCCUGAUCGCGGUUGCAUUUUUAACGGCCCUAGAACGAAAAAUUAUUGGCUACAUGCAACUACGAAAAGGACCAAACAUCGUUGGCCCACUUGGCCUACUUCAACCCCUCGCCGACGGAUUUAAACUUGUUAUUAAAGAACUAACCCUCCCGCUACUUGCAACCCCAGCCCUCUUCAUCCUAUCCCCAGCAGCAGCCCUAAUGCUAGCCCUUACGAUAUGAUCCCCCCUCCCCAUGCCAUUUCCCCUGGCAGACCUUAACCUAGGACUACUAUUCCUACUGGCCAUAUCAAGCCUCAUGGUCUACUCAUUAUUAUGAUCCGGGUGAUCCUCAAACUCAAAAUAUGCCUUAAUAGGUGCCCUUCGGGCAGUUGCUCAAACUAUCUCCUACGAAGUAACACUGGCCAUCAUUGUAUUAUCUAUUGUCUUACUGACUGGGGGAUUUUCGCUACAUGCCCUCACCACCACACAAGAACCCCUAUACCUGCACUUAGCCACCUGACCAUCGAUAAUAAUAUGGUAUACCUCUACACUAGCAGAAACAAACCGGGCCCCAUUCGACCUAACAGAGGGAGAGUCAGAGCUAGUAUCCGGAUUUAACGUUGAAUACGGCGCAAGCCCCUUCGCACUCUUUUUCCUGGCCGAGUACGCCAACAUUAUAUUAAUAAACACCCUGACUGUCACCCUAUUCUUAAACCCAUCUACCCCCACUUCCAUCCCAAUACUCUUCACCAUCGCCCUAAUAAGCAAAACCCUUCUACUAACUAUAAGCUUUCUAUGAAUCCGAGCAUCCUACCCCCGAUUUCGCUAUGACCAGCUUAUGCACCUUUUAUGAAAAAGCUUCCUACCCACAACAUUAGCCCUCUGCCUAUGACACUCAUCACUUCCAAUAUCAACAUUUGGGCUGCCCCCAACAACAUAG